GUCGUACACGAACUAUAAUUCUAGAAAAUCUGCAAUGGACGGAAAUAAAUCAUCAGCUGGCCCACCAGGACUCUCAGAUACGCAGCAGAUGAUGUACGCUUUCGGGGACUUCAGACGACCGAACCCUGAUUCUGCUCGUAUAGUUGAACAAGUUGUCCUCGCUCAACUACGUACAAUUAUACAUCUUGCAACAAACCUGGCAGAAAACAGAGGAUCAAAGAUACUCAUUAUAGAGGAUAUUCUGUAUUUGAUGCGGAAAAGUCCAAUCAAAAUCCAACGUCUUAUCCAAUACCUGAAAAUCAAGGAUAAAAAAGAUGAACUCAGUUUGCUUGAGAAAGGAGAAACCUGGGAACGACAACUGAAAACUACCGUUAGAUGCCGUAACUUUCUUGAGAAGAUCGACGAAACAGGAGUUCUCCUCGCAGCUUGUGACAAGGAGCACUAUGAUGAAGUUUACCAUGAGAGGUUGGUGAGGCAUGACAGAAUAACCAAGAAUUUGGAUGAAAGAAAGUAUCUGGAUUUCUGUAAAGCCAGACGUGUUUCUUUUAGAGGAAAAUACUCACAGUGGUUCCAGAGUUCCCUACAGGAUGUGGUAGACACCCUGGACAUUAAACUAGAAAAACUGACCAAUGAUGUUAUUUGUUAUUUAGCAUAUGAAACCUUAGGUCAACUUAUAGAACUCUGCCUAGUUGUCAGACGAGAUUCUUCAUUCAACUCAGUGGAUAAACUGAACCGUCUGUUGCCUAUACAGAGUAUUAACACAGCAUUUCCGAACCUAGCAGUACCUGUACGUGAUAAGAAUGAAGGAAUAAAGAACUCAGAUUACUCCGGUUGUCCUUUAACACCUGCUGAGGUUCGUGAGGCUGUGCGAAGGUUGCAGGAUGGAGAGAGAACUAGAACUAUGUUUGGAGGACGAAAAUCUUUACAUGGACUUCAACCUGAACCUAAUGUUCCGCUUCUAGCAAUUUAGUUUCUCAUUUUCUGUUAGAAUAGUUAUUCCAUGUCCACCAAUAUCAUUUUAAAUUUUGUAAAAAUAAUUUAAAGAUCAAUAAGGGCUUAAUUAAUUAAUGUCAGCUUAAUCAGUUCCUUGAUUGUUGAAUCCCAUCCAAAGGUUAAAAAAAUGUUUCUUCAAAAUUCCCAAAAGAUCUAAACCUGUCCAGCUUGAUUAUAGGAAGGAAGUAAUAACCUUCUCAGCUUCUGAAUUUGAAACGUUUCUUUGUUUUCAAUUUUGUAAUUUAAAAUUAUAAAUCCACGACUUCUUGCAGA